GCCCAGCUUCAAGAAGAGGAAGAGCAGGAAGAGGUAUGAAUUACAGAUGGUGUGUACACACAUUACAAAUGCUUGAUGAGCCUCCAGUUUGCUUGAAGAUAACCACUCUUUGAAGAACUGAGUUGGGCAUGUCAGGAGUAUAUUACUCCUUUUCAUUGAAGAAGACCCAAAGCUACAUUUUCACCUUCUAUAAAAAGGCUGCUAGUAAGAUCUGCUGUUCAUCUUGAAGUUUAUAUGAAUGGCAGAUUGCUGCAUAAAAUCUGCAAAUCCCUGUCUGACUCUUUCUUGUUUUUAAGGAAUUUCAUCUGGAUUGAUUAAUCGGACAGCUACAGCUCAGUUGCUCAUGUCCUGUAUGGUUCUAUAAACAAUUGUCCAAUAUCACCAGCUGAGAUGCUGUGCUCCACUUCGUUCCACUUCUGCUGAGAUUCUUAAAACAAUCUUGCAAUGGGGUUGUGCACAGCUGUGUUUAAGUUCUUCAGAAGGGGCAAAUACUUGCUGCUCUUACUGUUGUCUAUAUCAGUUUUGGCUUGGGUUGCCACCUUUGGCACUGACACUGUGUGGGAGGCACCGAAGUCUUCAGAGAAUCUGUCAAAACCACAUGUUCAGUAUAUUAUCCACAAAGGAGAAAAGGACUCAAAGGAAGCUGUAUCCUAUGGAAUCUCCGCUCUUCUCCCUUCCUCUUCACCUAAUCGACAACACUGUCCCCAGCCAUCCCCAUUACUUCGUGGUGCCAUAAAGCUCUCCUUCAAUCCCUCCCUAACACUGAAAGAGGUGGAAAGAGAGAACAAUGAGGUGGUGGAGGGUCAGCAUCACCCCAUGGAUUGUGUAGCCCAGCAGAGUGUGGCUGUCCUCAUUCCCCACCGUAAUAGGGAAAAACACCUUCUCUACCUCCUGCACCACUUGCAUCCUUUCCUGCAGAGACAGCAAUUACGUUACGCCAUCUACAUCAUUCAUCAGGCUGGUGAUAUAACGUUCAACCGAGCAAAGCUGCUAAAUGUGGGAUAUCUGGAGGCUCUGAAGGACCACAACUGGGACUGCUUUAUUUUUCAUGAUGUUGAUCUGGUUCCAGAGAAUGACAACAACCUCUAUAUGUGUGACCAACAGCCUAAGCACCUUGUGGUGGGCAGGAAUGCUACUGGAUACAAGUUGCGGUAUAAAGGCUACUUUGGAGGGGUAACAGCCAUGACGAAGGAGCAGUUUUCCAAAGUUAAUGGAUUUUCAAACACAUACUGGGGAUGGGGCGGGGAAGAUGAUGACCUUCGAAUCCGGGUAGAGCUUCAGAAAAUGGAAAUUGUGCGCCCAGCUCCUGAAGUAGCCCGCUACACCAUGGUCUUCCACAAGAGGGACAGUGGAAACGAGGUCAACAAAGACAGGAUGCGCUUGUUGGGAAGGACACCACGAGUGUGGAAGAAGGAUGGGCUAAAUUCAUGCUCCUACAAAGUCCUGUCUGUCGAGAGACCACCACUCUAUAUUAACAUCACAGUAGACAUCGGCAGACCGCUGGCCCAGCCCCAACAAUGACUACAAGAUGAUACCAGCUUCCUAAAAAUGGUACAAUGCAAAAAGAGCAAGUGCCCAUCCAGUUGUAGUGGGGGAAUGGCAGUAGAUUCUUAUCCACGUAUAGACUGAUGUCUUAAAUGUGAACUACAUUCAUUCAUCCUGCUGAGAUGAAAACUACUUAUUCUGUUUUCAAAGGAGCAUGUUGUGUGGUAUGCCAGUCCAGAGAAAAAGCUUGUUCAUGUCUGAGAGAUGGCUGUAUUUGCUGACAAUAAUAGUUAUUAGAAAACUAUACUCAACACUGAAAUGCCAUUUAGAGAGAGAGUUCUUGCUCUUCUGUCUAUUCUUUUUACAUUUGAUAGUUUGGCUGUUUAUUGGGGCUCAUGAUGAAAUUAAUAUCAUGGAGUCAUUCAGAACAUACUGUAAAAUUUAUCUUAUUCAGAGGACAUUCCUUUCUAACGACUUAAAAGUUUUCUUAAUGUACCUUAUGUGGAUGAUGCCUUUUUGUCAGGAUCUGAAUUUUUAUGAUGUAGCUGUGACAUAAAUAAAGGAACUGAU